AGCUUGGCGGCGUCUGUCCGCUUCUCCUCAGCGUCCCACAGACCGCCACAGCAGCGCCGCAAGUUUUGACAUUUUGGCGGCGGAGGUGCGCCCGGGCGCUCUCGGGUCGGCGGCGGCAGCAGCAGCAGCCAACCUUCCAGGUCUCCUUAGCCGUGCCUCGGCGCUCCUGCCGCCUCAGUCGGGUGGCCACGAGGCCCCGCACCCCCUCCCGCGCUCCCCGGUCGGGUGGCCGCAGCCAUGUCGCGGGGGCCGGAGGAGGUGAGCCGGCUCACGGAGACCACCUACCGGAAUGUUAUGGAACAGUUCAAUCCUGGGCUACGAAAUUUAAUAAACCUAGGGAAAAAUUAUGAAAAAGCUGUUAAUGCUAUGAUCCUGGCAGGAAAAGCCUACUACGAUGGAGUGGCCAAGAUUGGUGAGAUCGCUACUGGGUCCCCCGUGUCAACUGAGCUUGGGCAUGUUCUCAUAGAGAUUUCCAGUACCCACAAGAAACUCAAUGAGAGUCUUGAAGAAAAUUUCAAAAAAUUCCAUAAGGAGAUUAUACAUGAGCUGGAGAAGAAGACAGAGCUUGAUGUUAAGUAUAUGAACGCAACUCUAAAAAGAUACCAAGCAGAACACAGGAAUAAAUUAGAUUCUUUGGAGAAAUCUCAAGCUGAGCUGAAGAAGAUCCGGAGGAAAAGCCAAGGAGGACGAAAUGCACUAAAAUAUGAACACAAAGAAAUGGAGUAUGUAGAGACUGUUACUUCUCGUCAGAGUGAAAUCCAGAAAUUCAUUGCAGAUGGUUGCAAAGAAGCUCUACUUGAAGAGAAAAGGCGCUUCUGCUUUUUGGUUGACAAACACUGUAGCUUUGCAAAUUAUAUACAUUAUUAUCACUUACAGUCUGCAGAAAUACUUAAUUCCAAACUGCCCAGGUGGCAGGAAACCUGUGGUGAUGCCACCAAAGUACCAGAGAAAAUCAUGAGUAUGAUAGAAGAAAUAAAGACUCCAGUCUCUACCCCAAUAUCCGGAACACCUCAGCCUUCACCCAUGAUCGAGAGAAGCAAUAUGGUUGGGAAAGAAUAUGACACUCUUUCUAAAUACUCACCAAAGAUGCCCCCAGCCCCUUCAGGCAAAGCAUAUACCAGUCCUUUGAUUGAUAUGUUUAAUAACCCAGCAAUCGUCACACAGAAUUCAGAUAGGACAAAUAAUUCAACAGAUGUUUCAGAAGAUGCCAGUUUACAGCGAUCGGUUUCUGUUGCAACUGGACUGAACAUGAUGAAGAAGCAGAAAGUUAAGACUAUUUUCCCCCAUACUGCUGGCACCAACAAGACCUUACUCAGCUUUGCACAGGGAGAUGUCAUCACACUACUCAUCCCCGAGGAGAAAGAUGGCUGGCUCUAUGGGGAGCAUGAUAUCACCAAGGCGAGGGGAUGGUUCCCGUCAUCAUAUACAAAGUUGUUGGAAGAAAACGCAAAGGAAACAGCGACUAUGCCCACACCAAGCCCUGCGCCAGUGAGGAGCAUCAGCACUGUGGACUUAACUGAGAAAAGCAAUGUCGUCAUCCCCGCACCUGAUUACUUGGAAUGCUUGUCCAAGGGAGCAGCUGCAGACAAAAGAGGAGAUGUUGCCAAAAAUACUUCUACUUUCAAAGCACCAGUAUCCAAGCCAGAAACCACAUCUUCUCAUAAUACCAAUGGGACUGCGAAGCCACCCUUCCUCAGUGGAGAAAACCCCUUUGCUACUGUGAAACUCCGACCGACGGUAACUAAUGAUCGAUCAGCCCCAAUCAUUCGAUGAGAAGACAGCCAAGAAUUCUUCUGGUUCCUCCCAUGUUCAGUUCUCAAUUGCAAAUGAUAGGUAUAUAUUGUUGGAUGUGUGCUAUGACUUUCAAAGCUUUGCCAGAGGGUACCUGAUUUAAAAUGUAUUCUACUUGAGCAAAUCAAUACAUUUUCUCAAUUUAAGACAUUUCUGUCUUUAAGGUAAAUGAAUACUAGUUUAAUAACCAACUCAAUCAUUUAAAAUAGUUUCUUCCUGUUCUAUUCAAGAAACUAUUUACUUCUAAUCCUUACUACACCUUUUUAUUAUUCUAUUAAUUUUUUUCUUAGCCAGAAAUAAGGGAUAGGCUAUGCUUUCAUGACUGGCUUUCUGCACCUGAAUGCCAAUGAGAUCACAGUUUUAUAAAGCAUGUGCUCUUAAGUAGCAUUAUGAUAUUUAUCUAAAUGGAAAUAUUGCAUAAAUUUGCGUCAUAGUAUGCAAAUCAUAAUUCCAAGGGUAUAAAUUAUGAAAAUGUAUAAAUGUAAUUUUUUAACUUAAAAAUUAUAAACUUGCUUAAUCAAAUGUCAAACUACCCAAGAUGGAGAAAUUCCCACCCCUUCCCUGAUUUCAACAGAGCUGUAAAGUGCUGAGACAUUUUGCCUCUGCUUAUCACAGCCAUAUUAAGCACUUAACCCUUUGACUCUGGAGCACUCAGAAAUGAAACAUUCCUACAGACGUCAUUCACACCAAAUGAACAUAUUGUUUGAAUGCCUAUGCUCGCAGUCAAAAAGGUUAAGAAAUAAUCUCCAAGUGCUACUGAAUUUGGUAGUUAAGAGUUUUUGACCAGAUUCCCUGCAGGCCAGGCUGUGCCACACCUGGGCUUGGCACAUAGGACAUGUGCAAAUCUGAGGGGGUCCAUGUUUGGAGGCCCCAGGUGCUCUCACUAAGCUAGUUGACCAAAGCUGCAUCCAUCACUAAUUCACCAGGAAACUUCUCGGGUCCCAGUUUCUCCAAGUUUUAAUCAGGUACUGACCCACAAAGGGCACUUUUAUAAAGCCAGGGUGACCUCUGGUGGCUGAAGGGAUGGGUCUUUCAACCCAGCAGCUAGCACAUGCCUAGACUUGGGCCUCCAGUACAGUAGUCUCUGCACUAGCAACCCUGGGCCAAAGGUUGGACCUAUUUUGAGUGGAGAAUCACAGUUAAAAUUCACCCCUACCCACUGUGUGUACUGGGGAUGCUGAAACAGUUGCUUUUCACAGCUCCUCUGGUCUCAACAAAAGUAUAACCAUUUUCCUUUAUGCCUAAAAUUGGUCCCGGUCAAAUGCAGGUCGAGCAGUUUCACGGUCUGCCUAUCCCAGGAGGACAAACCAGGUGACCCUGUCAUGGGCUGCUGGCCUAUAUUAACCACCCCCCACCAUGACCCACAGUACUGGUCAUGCAGGUGCUGCAGCCAGGAAAGAAAAUUCAGCUCUGUGCCUCUCCACCUUUUAAGACAGGCAGAGCAGGCUGGCAGAAGUCAUCAUGGACAGCAGCAGGGCAGGGGGCAUGACCUGGUCUUCAAAGCUCCACUCCUGUGGAUUUUUCUGGUUUUGUUACAGAGGUAGAAUAGGGCCUAGGAUUAUUAGCUGCAAUUUGCAGGUCCCCUCUGGCUCACCCCACAGGCAAGGAGACUGGUCUUGUCCUCAACACAUGCUCUGUAAAUGCCAAGUAUUAUAUUUAAUAAAGAAUUUGAAAACGGCA